UAGGGACAUUGUUAAUAAUCCAGCCUUACAUUUUUUAACAUGGAUAUGUUGUAUAAUUUAGCAUAAAAUAAACAAAGAGUGCCUUGCUUCGAUAGGCGUUGAAUCCCGGCGUGAAGUCCGUUUUUUCAAUCGGAUCUAUGUCGACUUCGAUGAGAAGACGCAUGUGGUGAGCUAGUCGGAUACUACUAUUACAACUAUUGGAUUUUCUUCCUCGAUCGGUUUUUAAUUCUGUAAUAAUCGGUGUCGGAAUUGGCGAACUUGGCAUACAAGGUUGCAUUUCGUUGUUGGACUGUUAUGAGUAGAUUAAUCCAUGAGUCAAUAGCCCAUGGCAGCACCAAAUCAUUUAACUCUCUCGUAAGUCGUCUUUCUUCUCAAGGUGCUCACCAUCAAGUUCUGCAAACCUAUAUUUCUAUGCAAAAAACCCACACCCCAUCAGAUGCUUACACUUUUCCCAGCCUCUUCAAAGCUUGUACCAAUUUGAACUUAUUUUCACAUGGCCUCUCACUUCAUCAAUCUGUCGUCGUUAAUGGGCUCUCUCAUGAUUCCUAUAUUGGGUCUUCGCUCAUCACUUUUUAUGCCAAAUUCGGGUGCAUUCAUCUUGGUCGCAAGGUGUUUGAUACAAUGCUCAAAAGAAAUGUUGUUCCUUGGACCACCAUAAUUGGGUCUUAUUCACGGGAAGGGGACAUUGAUAUUGCUUUCUCGAUGUUCAAACAAAUGCGGGAGAGUGGUAUUCAGCCCACUUCUGUCACCUUGUUGAGUCUGCUUCCUGGUAUUUCAAAGCUUCCCCUUCUUCUUUGUUUGCAUUGUUUGAUUUUUUUAUAUGGUUUUGAGUCAGACUUAGCUUUAUCGAACUCCAUGGUGAAUAUGUAUGGUAAAUGUGGCAGAAUUGCUGAUGCAAGAAGUUUGUUUGAGUCAAUUGAUUACAGAGACAUAGUUUCUUGGAAUUCACUAUUGUCGGCCUAUUCGAAAAUUGGAGCCACAGAAGAAAUAUUGCAGCUUGUACAAGCAAUGAAGAUUGAAGAUAUCAAACCUGACAAGCAGACUUUUUGCUCGGCUUUGUCUGCUUCUGCUAUAAAGGGUGAUCUUCGACUUGGUAAGUUAGUGCAUGGUCUGAUGCUCAAAGAUGGGUUAAAUAUAGAUCAACAUGUAGAGUCGGCACUCGUAGUUUUAUACUUGAGAUGUAGAUGUUUGGAUCUCGCCCAUAAAGUUUUCAAAUCAACUACUGAAAAGGACGUGGUCAUGUGGACAGCAAUGAUAUCAGGACUUGUUCAGAACGAUUGUGCUGACAAGGCAUUGGGGGUCUUUUAUCAAAUGAUCGAAUCAAAUGUCCAGCCGAGUACUGCUACCUUAGCUAGUGCUCUUGCAGCCUGUGCUCAACUUGGUUGUUGUGAUAUUGGUGCCUCAAUUCAUGGUUACGUAUUAAGGCAAGGAAUAAUGCUAGACAUCCCUGCUCAAAACUCACUUGUCACCAUGUAUGCAAAGUGUAAUAAGCUGCAGCAAAGUUGUUCAAUUUUUAAUAAGAUGGUUGAAAAGGACGUAGUUUCUUGGAAUGCAAUUGUCGCUGGAAAUGCUAAAAAUGGUUAUUUAAGCAAGGCUAUCUUUUUCUUCAAUGAAAUGAGAACAAGCUUUCAAAGGCCCGACUCCAUAACAGUGACCUCACUUCUUCAAGCUUGUGGUUCUGCUGGCGCACUUUGCCAGGGAAAGUGGAUUCACAACUUUGUUCUUAGAAGUUCCCUUAUCCCGUGCAUUAUGACUGAAACAGCUCUAGUUGACAUGUACUUCAAGUGCGGAAAUUUAGAGAACGCUCAGAAGUGUUUUGAUUGUAUGUCACAACGAGAUCUUGUAGCAUGGAGCACCCUUAUUGUUGGAUAUGGUUUUAAUGGAAAAGGCGAAAUUGCUUUGAGAAAAUAUUCAGAGUUUCUUGGCGCAGGGAUGGAACCAAAUCAUGUUAUUUUCAUUUCAGUUCUUUCUGCUUGUAGUCAUAGUGGGCUUAUUAGCCAAGGUUUGAGUAUAUACGAGUCAAUGACUAAAGAUUUUAGAAUGCCACCAAAUCUUGAGCAUCGAGCUUGCGUCGUCGACCUUCUAAGUCGAGCUGGAAAGGUUGAUGAAGCAUAUAGCUUCUAUAAAAUGAUGUUUAAAGAACCCUCGAUGGUUGUUUUAGGCACACUCCUUGAUGCUUGUCGGGUGAAUGGCAGUGUUGAACUUGGAAAGGUUAUUGCUAGAGAUAUGUUUGAAUUAAAGCCUGUGGAUCCUGGAAACUUUGUGCAACUUGCCAAUAGUUAUGCAUCCAUGAAUAGAUGGGAUGGAGUGGAGAAGGCAUGGACUCAAAUGAGAUCUCUUGGCCUGAAAAAGUAUCCAGGAUGGAGUUCUAUUGAGCUUCAUGGAACCACUUUUACAUUUUUUGCUGCUCACAAUUCUCAUCCUAAGAUUGAAAAAAUAAUCUUGACGGUGAAAGCAUUGAGCAAGGAUAUCAGAAAUUUGUAUAUUAAAAAUGAGAUUUGUGAGGAUUUUGUUGAAAAUUUAUGAGAUGCAGUUUCUCCUCC